AUGGCAGGUCAUAGAUACGAAGGAAUUAUCGCUGGAGGAUAUGCUCGAGUUCAGAACGGUGAUAUCCAUGGAGACCAAAUCAAUAACGACAUACAAUAUAACACCUACUACCUGCACACGCGACGCUCAUUAGAGAUUGGGAAGGACGAGCGCAUCGGUGCGACAGCUUGCAUUGCAGGCCUGCGGAGAAUUGCCGAGACUCUAGAGGGGUGCCUCUCAGAAUACCUACUAGUCCACCAUGAGAUCCUUGAACUUGCGACGAUGCUACACCAAGGUGCUCAAUCUAGUGUCGCGUUUCUUGGGGAGCUGCACCGACAGCUUACCAACAACACAUUCUCGGUGGAUCGCGCCGCGUUAAUCUCUGUUAGCUCUUUGGUCACAUCCUUCACGAAUGCAGUUCUCCUAUUCGAUGAGUUGCAUCAUGCAAUCGUUCCUAUAUUCAAACUCCAAGAGAAUCGGCCAGGACCCUCAGACGUAAAAGUUGAAGAUGUCACCCAUCUUACCAACCUUCUCGGGAGACUUACCUGGCAGAAUACCUGCUGGAAUAUGCAACUGGACAUUCUCACCCAGACUCGUACCACAAAUGUACAGCAAUCGUCGGUGAAACUGACCAACCACAUUGCUGCACGGCUGUCCUCUGACGGUGACUUGGAAGCUAGACUUGACUCUGUGGAGCAACACCUCCGUGAGCUGUCUGAGCGCCUCAAAAACGACCCUGGCCCCGAAUAUUCUCUCACCUCCCUCUACGAUGCACAACCCAGCCGCGACAUGGGAGAGGGAUAUCUCCCGCUAUCAGAGCAUCGCUUGAGUUUGCAUGAUUCUGAUUUCGAAGAAGUUCUGAACCAGGCAUGGGUAUAUCAGCGUAAUCAACAUCGCUCGGAGCUCAUGUCCUUCAGAUCUUCAUUCUCGAGACAUAGUGCAUGGUCGGAGCUGUCAAAACUCUCUCUGAGCGCAAUCUCGAUUUUGUCGGUCAUUGCUCUACCUAUAGGGCUGUCUGAGUUGCGGUACUCUGAUGCAUAUCGGAACGAGAGUGCCAAUAAAUAUGCCACCGAGCGCAGCACCCUGUCAACACUUGCGGGGCCUGCAAACGCGGAUUCGAUGCCACAUUACGCAGACUUCAUGGCCAUGCCUGAGCUACAUCCCGUAGAUCCGCUCCCCCCUUCCAGAUUGCUACGUGAAGCAGGUCUGACGCUGGAUGCCAUAUGUCUCAUGGUGGAGGUUUCUUAUCCUGCUACGAGAAACGCGCAAAGAGAAAGCGAUGCGAACACUUUCAACCACAGGCAGAACAUGCUACUAGUUGGUCUGCGGUCAAGCAGCCGUCUACUGAGCUCGCACUCGGUUGGCGAAUCAACUGGAGUCUUCGGAGCGCUGUUAAUGCACAGCUCAAUACAGUAUUGCGAGGAUCUCGCUACCACGCUAUGCGACUCAUGGUGGCAUCGUUAUGAGGCCGUUCAACACCGAGGAGUGAGUCCUCUCAUGAUCAUCGAGAGUCUCCAGCACAUACUGGACUUGCUACAACAUCUACACGAUCGUAAAUGGCCGGUGAUCGACGAGCAUGGUCCAUUGAAUCCUACUACUCCCGAGGUCAUUCCCAUCAUCACCACAUUACGCGCACUUCGUGUUGAGAUCAUACUGAGCCAAGAGAUAGUUGAUCUUAGUGUGAAGCAGCUGAGAGAACUUCGCCCACAAUGGAUUGACCGUAUGAGGCAAAUCGGCGCAAUCUCUACAAUUAUCCUGCGUGGCAACCGGCUCAGGGAUCUACCAAUGAGUACAUGCCAUCUGGGAGGUCUGCGAAUCAUUAAUCUCGAAUCGAAUCAGAUAAGCAGGUUUCCCACCGCUUUGUUGUCAAUGCCUGGAUUGAGCACACUCCGCUUGGACAAUAACCAGAUAAGAUUCAUUCCAGCCAUCGACUCGAUGGUCUCUCUAGAAUGUCUAUCGAUCUCGCAGAAUCAAGUGAUGGAACUGCCCGUCGCGUUAGCCUCCAUGAACAGACUUGUCAUGAUGAAGCUGGACGGGAACCCAUUCACACUCGAUCUGAGGAUUCGAAAAUUAUUGAAAGAGUUUCCAUACGGUACCGUGAUGCGCAGCAUGAAGGUCUGCCGCGCCGUGAAAUCUCACUUGAACGGAAGCAUACAGGUGUCCAGUAGCUCUGCUGAUAUGCAACACCGUCUGCCAAGUGAAACGGCAACAGAAAAAGACGAGAACACCGGAGAGUCAGGCUUGGUUGGGACGAUUGAAGUUGCCUACAUUCCAGGGGUGGUGAGUUGUAACCAUGCCAAUUACAAGGCUUAG